CGCCUCUCCUCCCGAUAAAUCUCCUCCGACCGCCGCUGGGACCAAUCAGCGUACCGCCUCUCCUCCGAUUGCCAUUGCAUCGUCUCCCACCGCCCCUGCAUCGUCUCCGACUGCCGUUGCUUGCCCCGCCAACCGCCGCUACUUCCUCAGCCAGCUAGCCGCUGCUUGCUCCGUCGGCCGCCGGUUGACCUGCUUCCUUCUGUUUCAAGUCAAGAAUCACAAAUAUUGGUUGGGAAUCGCAUUAUUACAGUCAAGCUUCUUCAAGUUCUUCGGCGAUUGAUAAGAUGACACGAGAUGGUAAUAGAGUUGGACGCAUAAGAGGACGUGGACGUGGUGCAUCGGUUACACUUCCGAGUUCUAGCCCAUCAUCGUCUGCACUUCCUUCUCUUGUGGCACCUAUUGUGGCACCUCCUCCUGCUAUAGUAUCUCCAACUAUUGUGUCACCUGCUUCUAUUGGUUCACCACCUGAAUUGCCGAUUCCAUCACCAUCAGACUCUACUGCUCCACCCACAUCCUCAUCAGUUGCAGGAUCAUCUACUGCUUGUGAUUUGCCUAUUGUUCAUAUAGAGGACGGGAGGUUAAUGCCAUCUAACACAUGUUCACAUACAAUUACAAAAAUAUUAAAGCAAAGGAUCUACCCUGAUGGGUAUACAUGGAAGACUGUAUCUAAUGAGUACAAGGAAUACUACUUUGAAGAAUUUAAGAAAUAUUUCAAGUGGGACGAGACCAUUAACAGUCAAGUACAUAAAGUGUUUUUAACACAAACAAGCACACGCUAUACCGAUAUGGUCUCCAAAAUAAAGAAGAAUCGGACUUCAUCUGGGAAGCCAGAGUUUGUACAUGAAGAUACAUGGCGUAUUUGGGAGGCAUAUUGGGAUAGGCCUGAAGUUAAAGCUAAAUCUGAACAGCAACGCAAAAAUAGGAUGAGUGAGGUAGCAGGACCUGGUACGGGAUGUUCUCGACAUACCGGAGGAUCUAGAUCAAGUAUUGAGCACUUUCACACAUUGCGGAAUGAACUUCAAAAGGAGCCUAAUCUGUUUGAGUGCUUUACUCAUACGCACAAAAAGAAGGAUGGUACAUUCGUUGAUGAGAGGUCAAAGAAAAUCGCUGAUGAAAUACAAGCACGGCGUGAUGCUAUAAUGCAAGAGGCGGAAGGGUCAACUGACCCACCAGUUAUAGACAUGUCGCAAAUGUAUGUGGAUGUUGUUGGUGGGGUAAAAAAGCAGCGUAUUUAUGGCUUAGGGACUAAGUCAUCUGCAUUUAUCAGUGGGAAUAGCUGUAGUUCAUCUGCUACUUCACAACUUCAACAAGAGGCAAUGAAGGAGAUGAUGAACUAACAGUUAGAGACCAUGCGAGGUGAGAUGGAAGCUAAACUACAAGCUGAAAGAACUGAGAUGGAAGCUAAACUACAAGCUGAAAGAAUUGAGAUGGAAGUUAAACUACAAGCUGAAAGAACUCAAAUGCAGGCUCAAGUGCAGACUCAAAUGCAAGCUCAAAUUGCAAGUUUGAUGGAUGAGUUGCGUCGCAAUGGUAUGCUAUCCAAUCCAAGUACUCAAGCUCAACAAUCGGCUAAUUCAAAUGCUGAAAACUUAGGAGAUGAUUAGAUUAUGUUUUUUUAAUAUAUUUUGUACUGGUACUAAUGAUGUAA